AUGGACGAUUUGGACGCUUUACUGGCGGAUCUGGAAUCCACCACUUCACACAUCUCGAAGCGGCCAGUGUUUCUCCCGGACGAGACUCCCUACUCCAUCCCGACUGGAGGGCACUCUUAUCAGGAUGUGUCAGUUCCUCCACCGGUCCCACCUCCUCCCUCAGAUGAUGCUUUAAAUGGUUCUCUGAUCGACCCCCCAGACUCUGACCACUCGUCACAGCAGUCCUUAGGCUCAGCACAGAAGAGCUCAUGGUCCCGGGACAGUAGCAGCUCCCCUCUGUCUCACGGUGAAGAGGAUCACGUUUACAGUUUUCCAAACAAACAGAAGUCAUCUGACGCCUCCACAGCAGCCAUGACCUCAGCUCUGGGCAGUAACCUGUCGGAGCUCGACCGACUUCUGCUGGAGCUCAACGCAGUGCAGCAGAGCGCCCCCUCCUUCCCCACCACAGAAGAAGCUGCUCCUCCGUUACCGUCCUGCGGCGUCACUCACUAUGAGAACGGCAGCAGCCCGGAGGUCAUGAUCAGUCCUCCGCCUCAGGACAAACCCAACAGGAACGGAGCCAAAGAGGAGACCAGGCCCACCGUGGAGAGUCUGCUGGAUGAGCUGGAGGGGACCGUGCCCUCGCCCAGCCCCUCCUCUCGCCACAGUGAUUUGGACACACCCUCUCAGCAACAAGCCCGGAUCUCAGCCUCCUGUGCUACAAGAGAGCUGGACGAACUUAUGGCUUCUUUGUCUGAUUUUAAGCCCAGUUCUUUGGGCUCUGUGCUCGACCCAAUCGGACCAUGCUCCAGCUCCCCCCCUCAUCCUCCAGUAUCUUCACCUUUCCCAAAUCUGUCUCAUACUUCCAGCUGUGCUUCUCCUUUGUUUCCUGGUUUUGAACUUCACAUUGAUGAAGACGGUAGAGACGGCAACCUGUCCGUACCCCAGAUGAAUCGCCCACAUGAGCCAGAGCCUAGUGACACUUCGCACGCUGAGCCGUCAUUGGAUGAAGCAUUAGAUAAGCUUUUAGCAAUGAGCUUCACCAACACCAAUACAGAAGAGCCUCAAUUAAAAGUGGAAGCCCAGUGUUUGGGAACAGGAAUGGUCCAUGAAGAACUCGUUCUACCUACUGACAGAAAUAGUCUCCAGCCGGACACCUUUGCCAGUACCACCAACACUAUCACAGAUGAAUCGGUUGAUGGGAAUGGGGAGCUAGACUGGGCCGAUGAGGACCUCUCCAUGUCCUUCCAUGAUGGAACGCUGACGCCUUACACAGAGAGACCCUACACAGACGGCAGCAUGACCCCCCUGACUGAGGCCAGCUGGAUGGACGAGUGCAUGACGCCCUCCUCCUGUCCCGGGACCCCAGACGUGGCACUGGACCUUCCUCUCAUGCACUCUCCAACGAUAGACCGGGUGUCUGCCUCAGGACAUUUAAAGUCAGUGAUUCGACGCACCAAGGAGACCCCAAAUGUGCACCCCAUGUAUAGAGACGGAGUCCUGCGCCGCAAAAUGGGCCCCAUCCUUGUGAACAAAAACACGUCCCAGGACCGUCUCAUUGAGGAGCUGCAGGGAAAACUUGGGAUUGGUCUUGCGCAACGUAACCGGCGUAAACAAGCCGACGACUGGCUCACGGAGGGCGUCGUCAUCACCUCCAAACCUCAGCGUUUCCGACCCGAGGGGGCAAACAGUGACAUCGACAAGAUCAUAAUCCCCCCAGAGUCGCCUGUCCCGGUCCGUAAGGUCCUUCCCCCGCUCUCUCCCCCCGCCCCACGCCGCCCCCCUGUCACAGAGGAACCGAAAAGGCCUCUCCCCGUGCAGCGUAUUCCCAUUCCUCCUCCUCCACCUCCUCCUCCACCGCCCUCUCCUCCUCCACAGCCUCACCUCCCAGAGCCUGUUCCGUGUCCCCCACGCGCUGUGAAAAAGCCCGCCCCUCCACCCGAGCCCCCCACUCCCAAACCAGAACCACCACCCCCCGUUUUCAUUGCCCCACCACCGCUGCCUGUCCCACCUGUGGACCCGCCUAAAGUCCUGGUGUCUGUAGCCUGCCAGACAGAGUAUGACCCAGUCUUCCCACCAAUGCAGAUCAUGGCCCAGGGCAAAGGGGCUCCGGGGGGACCUCCGACUCAAGUGAACAAGCUGGACAACAUGCUGGGCAGUCUGCAGUCGGACUUGAAUAAACUGGGAGUUCAAACUGUAGCUAAAGGAGUGUGUGGAGCCUGCUGUAAACCUAUUGUGGGACAGGUGGUGACUGCGAUGGGCCGCACAUGGCACCCUGAGCACUUCGUCUGCACACACUGUCAAGAAGAAAUUGGCUCCAGGAAUUUCUUUGAGCGCGAAGGACAGCCGUACUGCGAGAAGGACUAUCACAACCUGUUCUCCCCUCGCUGCCACUACUGCAACGGCCCGAUCCUGGAUAAAGUGGUGACGGCACUGGAUCGGACAUGGCAUCCUGAACACUUCUUCUGUGCCCAGUGUGGAUCCUUCUUUGGCCCAGAAGGUUUUCAUGAAAAGGAUGGAAAGGCCUAUUGCAGGAAGGAUUACUUUGACAUGUUUGCACCCAAGUGUGGCGGCUGCGCUAGAGCCAUUUUGGAGAACUACAUUUCGGCUCUAAACAGUCUCUGGCAUCCGGAAUGUUUUGUCUGCAGGGAGUGCUUCACGCCGUUCAUAAAUGGCAGUUUCUUUGAACACGACGGCCAACCGUACUGUGAAGUGCAUUACCACGAGAGACGCGGCUCUCUCUGCUCCGGCUGCCAGAAACCCAUCACCGGACGCUGCAUCACGGCGAUGGCCAAGAAGUUCCACCCUGAGCACUUUGUCUGCGCCUUCUGCCUCAAACAGCUCAACAAAGGCACCUUUAAAGAACAGAACGACAAACCAUACUGCCACGGUUGCUUCGUCAAGUUGUUCAGUUAG